GCCCCACUCUCAUCACUCCUCUUUCCUUUCUCUCUGCUGCGUGCCUCCUCUCUGCACACCUCUCUGUACAAGCUUGGCAGUAUUCCACUCUCUUUUCAUGCUCCACCUCAUUCCCAUCUCCCUCUUCUCUCCCCCCACCAAUCCCUCUUCUCUCUCUCACCUCCAACCCUGACUCAUUUCCUAACCAAACCAAAACAAGAAAGAGUAGUAAGAGAGAAACCGAACCACCGCACCGCUCAGUGUUCACUCCUUUUCCAAAAAAAAAAAAGGAAAAGAAAAAUGGGUUGCGCCCAGUCCAGAAUAGAUAACGAAGAAUCGGUGGCUCGUUGCAAGGACCGCAAGACCUUGAUGAAAGAUGCGGUUAUAGCUCGCAACGCCUUCGCGGCUGGUCACUCUGGCUACGCCAUUUCCUUGAAGAACACGGGCGCCGCCUUGAGUGACUACGGGCACGGAGAAGCUGCAGAGCCUCUCGAACACCAACACCAGAUCCCUCCUCUUGACUCCACUCCUCAGCCGCCUCCACCGCCUCCUAUGAUUGACAACCUGCCUCCGCCGCCUCCACUUCCUAACUUCUCUCCUAGCCCCGUCGCCUCCAUCAAACGCGCCGUCAGUAUGCCUGCUAUGCCCGUCAAGAGUCGUAAGGAGUUUGAUUCUUCCCUCGCUAUUGAAGAAGAAGAGGAAGAGGAAGAAGAAGAGGAGGAGGAGGAAGAAGAACAUCAUCUAGGCAACGAGGAGCGUGGAAAUAAUAAUAAUGAAGAUUUGAGAAAAGAUUCAAGAGGACCCCACAGGGAGGAGAUAACCCCACCAAGGACUCCGGAGAACAACAAUGUGGGCCACCAGCCGCCUCCAAUGCCCGAAGCUAAAAACAUGGCUUGGGAUUACUUCUUCAGGGUGGACGAGAACAUGGCGGGUCCGAGCUUGGGUUUGGACAACAUCAAUAAUGAAACUGAGACUACAAAUGCUGAUGCUUUAGAGAAGAAUGUUGGUGUUCGCGUGGGGUUUAACGGCCACGGGGGCGUUGAUAGUGAAAUUGAGCCGAAGACGCCGGAGAGGCCGGAGGAGAAGGUGGCGAUGCCUGUGGAGGUUGAUGAUAAAGGGAAGCAGGAGGUUCAUAUUGAACAUUCGAAAACUGCUCCCGCAGAUUUCAGGGGAGUGGUGAAGGCUGUUUCUAGUGUGAAUAUAAUGCAGGUUCUGAAUGAGAUUGAUGAUCAUUUCUUGAAAGCAUCAGAAAGUGCUCAGGAGGUUUCUAAGAUGCUGGAGGCUACAAGGUUGCAUUAUCAUUCCAAUUUUGCUGACAAUCGAGGACAUAUUGAUCAUUCUGCAAGGGUCUUGCGUGUCAUUACAUGGAAUAGGUCUUUCAGAGGCAUGACAAAUGGUGAAAAUGGGAAGGAUGAACUUGAUUCAGAAGAGUAUGAGACUCAUGCCACUGUUCUGGAUAAGUUGCUGGCAUGGGAAAAGAAACUUUAUGACGAAGUUAAGCAAGGAGAGCUGAUGAAGCUUGAGUAUAAAAGGAAGGUUGCUUGGUUAAACAAGCAGAAGAAACGUGGAGCUAGUGCUGAAUCAUUGGAGAAAACAAAAGCGGCUGUAAGUCAUUUACAUACGAGAUACAUAGUUGACAUGCAGUCCAUGGAUUCAACAGUAUCAGAAGUUAACCGAUUACGUGAUGAGCAGCUGUAUCCAAAACUUGUUGUGCUUGUUCAUGGGAUGGCUAACAUGUGGGCAAGUAUGUGCAUACAUCAUAAUAGCCAGCUCCAGAUUGUUGAAAAGCUUAAACCUCUUGACAUUGCUCAUGCUUCCAAAGAAACAACAAAGCACCACCAUGAGCGCACCAUCCAACUUCACAGUGUUGUCCAAGAGUGGCAUUUACAAUUUGAUAAGCUAGUGACUCAUCAAAAGCAAUACAUCCAAGCUCUCAACAGCUGGUUAAAGUUAAAUCUCAUCCCUAUCGAAAGCAGCUUGAAAGAGAAAAUCUCAUCUCCUCCACGUGCGCAGAAUCCUCCAAUCCAAGCACUCCUCCAUGCAUGGCAUGACUAUCUUGAAAAGCUUCCUGAUGAGGUUGCUAAAUCCUCAAUCUUGUCAUUUGCUGCUGUGAUAAAAACCAUAAUUAUUCAUCAAGAUGAAGAGAUGAAGCUAAAAGAAAAAUGUGAGGAAACUAGGAAGGAAUUUUUUCGCAAGAGCCAGGCAUUCGAGGAAUGGUAUCAGAAGUAUAAGCAACGGAGAACUGCAUCUGAUGAAAUAGAUGCUGAAAGAGGUGAAGAUGCGAAUGCAAAGGAUCCUGUCUCAGAGAGGCAAUUUGCGGUUGAGAGCUUGAAAAAGAGGUUGGAAGAGGAAGUCGAAGCCCACCAAAAACAUUGCAUUCAAGUGAGAGAGAAGUCUCUAGGAAGUCUUAAAAUUCGCUUGCCUGAGCUAUUCCGGGCUAUGUCAGACUAUUCUCGUGCCUGCUCUGAUGCUUAUGAGAAGUUGAGAACCAUCACCCUUUCACAGAAACCAAAUGGUGCCCCCUCCUAGAGGCAUCAGCUCUGUUUUGUCAGUAAUUUCCCCCUAACUUGUAUCCUAGUGAACUGCAGUUUUUACGCCAGACAGUAGUUCUUGGCAAUGCAAUGUAGCUAUCUUUUAUUUAUUCAUCGUCCAUGUGCAAAAGAAUUUGGUGUUA